CACACACAGAUACAUCACAACAACACACACUGCAUCUCUCUCUCUCUCUCUCUCUCUCUCUCUCUCUCUCUCUAUCUUUCUCUGUGUGUUGGUGAAUUGGGAGUAGCAUUUCGCCAUAAACCCUCGCAAAUCUCGCAAUUUCGAUUCAGAUCCCACUUCGAUUCUCACUCUUUCACUCUCUAAAUGCCUCUUUCUCUCACUGGGUUUCUCCUCUGAUCCGCAACAAUGGCGCUCAACAACAACAGGAGCAGCAGUAAGGGAUCCCCUUUUCCCCUUCUGGGUUUCGUUCUCCUCUGCCUUCUCGCGCCCCUCAUUUUCUUCUUCACAACGCACCUUCACACUCUUCAGGAUCAAGAUGAUAUUUUAGCUGGUACAAGCAAACAGAUUGGCAAAUGGAGAGAUUGGCAGGCAUUACAGGAGAUUAAAUCUCUUUUUCCAAAAGAAGUUCUUGAUGUUAUUGUGUCCAGCACAAAUGAUAUGGGACCUUUGAGUCUUGAGAAUUUCAGAAAGAAUAUUUCUGCAUCAUGGAGAGUUGUUGGGUUAAAGACUUCAAAUUCGACAUAUCAGCUAAACCAACCAGCCACACAUCUUAGACAGGAAAAACAAAAGGGGAAGGAAGGAAGAUCUUCAGUUGGUCUUGCUGAAUGGACUGAUAGUCCUACACGGAUAGCGAGAAGACAAUUAAUAGAGAAAAGAAUGGAAAAGCGUGCUGCUGAGUUGGUAAAACAGGAUGAUGAAGUAGUUGUAAAACUUGAAGAUUCAGCUAUUCAACGCUCAAAAUCAGUUGAUUCAGCAAUUCUAGGUAAAUACAACAUAUGGAGGAAAGAAAAUGAGAACGAAAAUCCUGAUGCUACUGUUCGGUUGAUGCGAGAUCAAAUAAUUAUGGCUAGGGUAUACUUGGGUCUUGCAAAGAUGAAGAACAAGCUUCAACUGUACCAAGAACUGCAAUCUCAGAUUAAAGAGAGUCAACGUGCUUUAGGUGAUGCAACUUCUGAUGCUGACCUACAUCACAGUGAACAUGAAAAAAUCAAAGCUAUGGGCCAAGUUCUUUCUAAAGCAAAAGAGCAAUUGUAUGACUGCAAGUUGGUUACUGGGAAAUUGAGGGCAAUGCUACAAACGGCCGAUGAGCAAGUUAGGAGCUUGAAGAAGCAAAGCACAUUCCUCAGUCAAUUGGCUGCCAAGACCAUACCAAAUGGAAUUCACUGCUUAUCUAUGCGCCUCACAAUAGAUUACUACCUCCUUCCUCUUGAAAAGAGAAAGUUCCCUAGGAGUGAGAAUUUGGAGAAUCCUAGUCUUUAUCAUUAUGCCCUGUUCUCAGACAAUGUUUUGGCUGCGUCGGUUGUUGUCAACUCAACUGUUUUGAAUGCCAAGGAUCCUUCAAAGCAUGUGUUUCAUCUUGUUACCGAUAAACUAAAUUUUGGAGCCAUGAACAUGUGGUUCUUGUUGAAUCCUCCUGGAAAAGCUACAAUCCAUAUCGAAAAUGUUGAUGACUUCAAGUGGUUGAACUCAUCCUACUGCCCAGUCUUGAGGCAGCUUGAAUCUGCAACUAUGAAAGAGUAUUAUUUCAAGGCAGGCCAUCCAACCACUGGUGCUUCUAAUCUGAAGUACAGAAAUCCAAAAUAUCUAUCAAUGCUCAACCACCUGAGGUUCUAUCUUCCACAAGUUUAUCCAAAACUGGAUAAGAUUCUUUUUCUUGAUGAUGACAUUGUGGUUCAGAAGGAUUUGACUGGAUUAUGGGCUGUGAAUCUCAAUGGAAAAGUAAAUGGUGCAGUUGAAACAUGUGGUGAGAGCUUUCACCGAUUUGACAAGUAUCUCAACUUUUCGAAUCCGCACAUUGCAAAAAAUUUCGAUCCAAAUGCUUGUGGUUGGGCAUACGGGAUGAACAUGUUUGAUUUGAAGGUGUGGAAAAAGAAAGACAUCACUGGCAUAUAUCACAGGUGGCAGAAUUUGAAUGAAGACAGGGUGCUUUGGAAGCUAGGGACAUUACCUCCUGGACUAAUGACAUUCUAUGGAUUAACACAUCCACUAAAUAAAUCAUGGCAUGUACUGGGUUUGGGUUACAAUCCAAGUGUAGAUCGUUCAGAGAUUGAAAAUGCAGCAGUUGUACACUACAAUGGUAAUAUGAAGCCAUGGUUAGAGAUAGCCAUGACAAAGUAUCGUUCUUACUGGACCAAAUAUGUCAAGUAUAAUCAUCCCUAUCUCAGGAACUGUAAGUUAAAUGAAUGAUCUUGAACUUGAUUCCUGAUAACUAGGUUUACAAGUACAGAGAAAUCUCUCUCUCUCUCUCUCUCUCUCUCUCUGUCUCUCCCUGUCUCUCGAGAAUACCCUCAGUUUCCUCUCUAGCUUGGCAAAUUCAAGUGAUGUUCCUUGUUGGAAUGAUCAAUUGUCUAAGUGAUAGGGUCAAUGCUUGUAUUUUAGUCACCCACUUUGUUCUCUCUUCCCCACGUCAUUGAUUUUUGUUUCGAUUCAUUUAAUUUGUUUACACCACCCUCACUCAUUUAAAACAAGGUACACAUAAAUUAGUAUACCUUGUUUACUAUGAAGUUCCUUCAUUGUACAAUACUUGAAUGCUAAGACUGGACUAGAAAUUUAAUUACAAUUUUAUGUAUUCUUUCAAAAUUAGCUUAUUUUCCAUAAUUUAUUUGAUGUUUGCUUAUUGCAUUCAUAUUUUCUUCAA